AUGUUCGUGUUCCACGUAGUGUUGCUCGAAUUGUUGCGUCGAACAGUUGAAGCGAACUAAUCAAAAAGCGGCAAAAUGAAGACUAUCUUAUUUACAAUUUGUGUUUUGAUGUCCGUUCACGCUGCAAUUUCGGUAGAGCGACAUAAAUUUUAUGACUACAUGGCAACCUGUUUACAAGAUAUUACGUCAAACAAAAAUGCAAUGAAUGUCGACUUUUCUGUAGCAUUUCAACCAAUUUUCUCUAACAGUUUUCACGCUUCUUUUAACGCACUCCCGAAACUAUCUUUCAACGCCUGGGUCAAUACUUUCAUAUGCGCAUUUAAGAAAGCUGGUGUAGUCAAUGAAGACGGUAGAAUGAUUAAAAGUAGACCACAACAAUAUUGUGCAGAAGUUUUACAGAAAUCUGAGAACAUACAACUAUGUGAAAAUCUCGUCGUGUUCUGCACUAAUCUUGCAUGCACUCCCGGUCCAAUAUGUGCUGCCGACGAAGUAGUAAACGAAGUGGGAUGUAAACUAAACAAUGGCAUUAUGUCGGUUUUCGAGUAUCCAUUUUGGAAUGAAGUAUAUAAAAAAAAAAACUUUAUGAGUAGCAUUUAUUAGAAGUAUAU